CCCCCCUCGUACAUAACAAGACCUCACUCUCCCACAAUGGCCGAAUCACAAUCACCCAGCUCAUUUGAGCAGCUCAAGGCAUACUCUUUCACCUCCGACCCGGAAUUCGCAAAUGGCCUGGCAAUCAUCCUAGGCCACGCCGGCACGCCAGCCUCGGAAGCGGAGAUGAGCCGAGACGACGAUCUCGUCUUGCAGGCCAAAUGCUUCUUCUUCUCGCGAAAGGAAAAGAUUACCCCUCCCCUCAAUUUCACAGCCUACAAAGCUUGGUUAGCGGGGAAAUCGUCCGAGUCGAAUCCUGCGACAGCUAUACCGGAACAAUCGAACGAGUCCUCUACAGAAUCUGCCGCUGUUGCGACUACUGAAUCCUCUGCCCUCCCGGAGCCUGCCUACCCCACCUCAUUUGCGCAUAUCGUGGAACUCAUCACAACCGGUAAACCAGUUCCCGGCAUACAGCAGAUCCCAGACACAGUCUUGGAGGGGCAUGACAUCGCAAGUGAGAGACCGCGCCGAAGGAAGCCUUGGGAGAAGGAUGUCGAAGAACCGGCAUCCCUUCAGGGUGAAAUGGCCAGCAACGCUGCUUAACCGGUAGGCACUACAGAGCUGUUACGAUUGUCUAGCGAGAACUACAGAAUACCCGGGAGGAAUCAAGAUUUGAUACAAAGAAUAUAUGAAAUUGGCAUCAUAGAGAUACUGUCGCCAAAAGAUGAAUACACACAGCAACAGCUAAGUGGCUGAGCAAUAUCAAAGUUAACACCGUCGGUAACAGUGAAAUAAAUAUAGUGUGAAGGCCAGACAGGAGAGGGAAGAGAGUGAUAGAUCCAUCUUGGACUUCGCAUGAGAAAAACACAGGAACCCCGAACAAAAGGGGAAACAACAUCAGGAAAACAAAAGGUCAGCGCAGCAUCGCCGCCAAACAACGAGUCAGAUCGUCAUAGGCAGAUCGAAGCCCAAGAGCGUCGUGUGAUUUUGUCGGACCGUGUUCAUCACUUGCCAAACACACUCUUUGGGCACCGGGAAGCCGAAGAAGAACAAGCCAAAUGGAUAGAUAAGCAGGCAGGAUGAACUGUCGAGAUCGAAGCCACAGAAUAAAAGUUGGGAACAUGCUUCAAAGUCGCCUGAUAGCGUCUGACUGGUAGAAGGCAGUCAGCUGCUCUUGGAGACUGAGAGCGAAUGCGAAUGUAAUUCAUAAAAGUAUAAUGCAUGCAAAAUUGUUGCUGUUGAUCUUUUUUUUUCUUUUUCUUUUUCUUUUUUUGAGUUUGUGUCUUGUUUUUCCUUGGUUUGAUCGUUGGUUUGUUGUAGUGCUCGCCUGUGCAAUUUCUCCUCUCGCCUUGGGUACGGUCGUUUGAUGAACGCGGAAUGCGAGACGCGUUCAACCUUGAAGCUUGUUAGACAGAUCAACGGUAAGGAGAGUAGCCGGGGCUCCAUUGAUUUCCUCGACCGAACCGACCAUUGUUGGUUGAGUUUGUAGAGGAGAUCCUCUCGUCGUUGAAAUGACUGAAGCGGCCAACUUGAAUGCCGGUUCCAGGGCCAGGUCGUGUAGCAUGGGAAGGGUUGCAACAAAGCAUCGCUACACGGGAUCCAAAUUUAGAGCCUCGAAGGGAAACCAUAUGCUUCCUAUUCCGAUGCGAAGCCGUCAGUAUCAUACUAACA